UUAUUAAGAAGUGUCAAGAUAAACUUUUCAAAAGGUUCCUAAAAAAGUAUUAAUAGGAAUAUACAUAUCUGAGACUAAAUAUGACAGAAAUUGGGGAGGAAAAACCUUGAUGUCUAGUACAACGUUUCUUGACUUCUCCUUCUACUCUUUUAGUUUAUUGUUGACUUUUGUUAAAUAAUUAUUGUAUAGUGAAUGAAAGGUGGAUAAGAAAGGAUUUUAGUUAUUCGACAUAGUUAAGAUAUCAGAGAGGUGAGGAGAUCCAUUUGAAGUCGAUAAUGGGUGAAAGAAUAUUAGUAGUUCUAUUGCUUGUUUUGAAUUAUUUGUUGGUUGCAGAAGGAGAACAAGCUGAUGGAGAUUUGACCAGCCUUUUGUCUCUUAUGGAUACCUUGAAGAAUACCCCUCCUAAUUGGGUGGGUUCGGAUCCUUGUGAUAGUUGGGAUGGAAUCAAUUGCAAGAAUUCACGUGUUACAUCAAUAACAUUAUCAAGCACUGGUUUGGUUGGUCAACUUUCUGGAGAUCUUGGUUCGCUAUCUGAAUUGGAGACUUUGGAUCUAUCUUACAACAAGGACUUGACUGGACCGCUUCCACAAUCCAUUGGGGAUUUGAAGAAGCUGACAACCUUAAUUCUUGUUGGUUGUAGCUUCAAGGGUCCUAUUCCAGACAGCAUAGGAAAUCUGCAGGAGCUCCUCUUCUUAUCUUUAAAUUCCAAUAGCUUUAGUGGACCAAUUCCGCAUUCAAUUGGUAAUCUAUCAAAGCUUUAUUGGUUAGAUUUAGCUGACAAUCAACUUCAAGGGAACAUCCCGGUAUCUAGUGGCGAUAUAUCUGGUUCUGGUCUUGAUAAGUUACACCAUGCCAAGCAUUUUCAUCUUGGGAAGAAUAGUCUCUCAGGCAGUAUUCCUCCUCAACUUUUUAGCUCGGAAAUGGCUCUGAUUCAUGUGCUUUUGGAAAGCAAUCAACUCACUGGAAACAUUCCAACUACGCUUGGACUAGUUCAGAGUCUGGAGGUGGUGCGCUUAGAUAGUAAUUCAUUAAGUGGAACUGUGCCUCAAAACAUCAACAACCUUACGAAUAUUCAAGAUCUGUUCUUGUCCAACAAUAAACUGUCAGGCUCCUUGCCAAACCUUACUGGAAUGAAUGCCCUCUGCAACCUGGACAUGAGCAACAAUAGUUUUAAACCAUUGGAUUUUCCAGGAUGGUUUUCGACUCUUAAGUCCUUAACAACAUUCUUUUCUUUUCAUGGCAGAAAGAUGGAGAAUACACAACUUCAAGGACAGGUUCCUACUUCUUUGUUUAGGAUUAUCAAUUUACAGACUGUGGUGCUAAAAGACAACAAAAUAAAUGGAACCUUGGAUAUCGGCUCCUCCUACAGCAACCAUCUGCGACUUGUUGAUUUGGAGACAAAUUCAAUUGACAGUUUUCAGCAAAAUGAUGUUCCAAAUGUCAAGAUAAUACUUAAAGAUAACCCACUUUGCCAAGAAAAUGGAGGUGUAGAAAGCUACUGCUCCUCUUAUCAACCCACUGUUUCAUAUUCAACACCAUUAAAUCACUGUCAGCCUGCUACAUGCAGUUCAGAACGGAUAUCUAGUCCCAACUGUAUAUGCGCAUAUCCAUAUACAGGAACCUUAGCUUUCAGGUCACCUUCCUUUUCGGACUUGGAUAACAAAACUUACUACUCCAUGCUUGAGGAGGGUCUUAUGCAGUCCUUUAAGUCUCAUUUUCUACCUGUUGAUUCGGUUUCGCUGAGCCAACCAAUUCAGGAUUCAACUAAGUAUCUCAAAAUGAACUUACAAGUCUUCCCUUCAGGACAAGAUCAUUUCAAUCGAACAGGGACUUUGAGCAUUGGUUUUCUGCUAAGUAACCAGACUUUUAAGCCUCCUAAAGGUUUUGGACCAUUUUAUUUUCUGGCAGAUAAAUAUGAAUACUUUGGGAGCUCUGGAUUGACUGAAUCAAGUAAAUCUUCAAACAUUGGAAUCAUAAUUGGAGCGGCAGUUGGUGGUUUGGUCCUGCUACUGUUAUUACUCCUAUCAGGUCUUUAUGCUUUCCGCCAAAAGAAAAGGGCCGAAAAAGCUAUUGAUCAAAGCAAUCCUUUUAGACGCUGGGAUACCGUUGAGAGCAAAAGUGAGACCCCUCAGUUGAAAGAAGCAAGGAUGUUUUCUUUUGAAGAGCUUAAAAGAUACACCAAAAAUUUUUCUCAAGACAAUGAUAUUGGAUCUGGGGGUUUUGGGAAGGUUUAUAAGGGAACCCUUCCCAAUGGGAAACUGAUAGCUAUAAAACGAGCUCAAAAAGAAUCUAUGCAGGGAAAGAUUGAAUUUAAAGCAGAGAUUGAGCUCCUAUCAAGGGUCCACCAUAAGAAUCUUGUUAGCCUUUUGGGAUUCUGCUUUGCGCGAGGAGAACAAAUGCUGGUUUAUGAGUAUGUUCAAAAUGGAAGUUUAAAGGACGCUCUCUUAGGGAAAUCAGGAAUCGAAUUAGAUUGGAUUAGAAGGCUAAAAAUUGCCCUUGGCACUGCCCGGGGUUUGGCUUAUCUUCACGAACUUGUUAAUCCUCCCAUCAUACACAGGGACAUCAAAUCAAACAAUAUUUUGCUGGAUGAUCGCCUAAAUGCUAAAGUUGCUGAUUUUGGUCUCUCCAAGUCUAUGGUUGAUAGUGAAAAAGAUCAUGUUACCACUCAAGUUAAAGGAACAAUGGGUUACUUGGAUCCAGAGUAUUAUAUGUCUCAACAAUUGACUGAGAAGAGUGAUGUUUAUAGCUUUGGAGUGCUAAUGUUGGAGCUGAUAUCCGCAAAAAGGCCAUUGGCACGAGGGAAGUAUAUUGUGAAAGAGGUUAGGAAUGCACUUGAUAAGACAAAAGAGUUAUAUGGUUUGCAUGAAUUUGUGGAUCCAGCUAUUGGUUUAACGUCCACACUGAUUGGUUUUGACAAGUUUGUGGAUAUGAGCAUGAAAUGUGUUGAAGACUCAGGUAGUGACAGGCCUAAAAUGAGUAUUGUGGUGACAGAAAUCGAGAACAUUUUGAAGUCAGGUGGUACAAACCCCAUUGAUGAAUCACCAUCCAUCUCUUCUGGUUUUGAAGAGGUAAGUAGAGGGAGUUCUAGCCAUCCUUAUAAUAGCAACGACACCUUUGAUUUAAGUGCAGGAUUGCCAUAUCCAAAAGUUGACCCUAUGUAAUCAAUAAAUAAGUACCUCAAAUCUAUGGCACACUAUACAUAUCAAGUAUGUUUGCUAAAUGUUGAUACACUUCGUACACAUGCCAUGCUAAAAGUUGGGUGUCAGUCUAUAUGUAAUGGUGACAUUCCUGUUGGAACAAAAAGUGAACAAAUGUUUAUGUAAUUAAAGUUAAAGACAAUGAAUGAUUCGAGGAAGAAACGUAAUUCCA